AUGUCUCGGACACGUGUUGCUGGGAUGAUCUACAACCUUACGAAUCGACAAGAAAUUGCCGGCCCCUUGGCUGCCUUAUAUCUAUAUCACGGGUCAUGUUGUUACUCGAGCGCAUCUCUUCCUCUUGGAGAUGUGACGAGGCAGCUAAUGGAAUUGGAAGAUUACAGUUGCAAUUUGGUUAAUAGCAGUGAAGACGCCACGGCAUCUAAUUUCCGCGCUGUGUCGUAUCUUGACGACUAUAUUUAUCGCCCGAAGAUGCUGGAGAAACUAAAUCUCUAUGAAUUCACUAUGUGGUUCUUCCGAAAGAAACAUGGGAAUGCUAUUUACUCGUGGCUGGGCUUUCUAGACAGGCAUCCGUUGUGCAAGUCACAAUGUCUAGGAACGCGAUACGAGGACGUCGUUCCUGUCCUUCAGACGUUUCGUUUUCCUCGCAAUGAGGGACAAGCAUCAAGUGAGAAACGCUACAAGUACGCUGUUCUCUCGUUGGUGCUCUUCAAGCCCUUUCGCUGCUUGGCGGACAUCGUUUCACAUAGCUCGGACGAGCAGAUGUGGAUAGACUGCUAUGAUCAAUGGAAACCUCAGCGGAGUAACUUUGUAGAAGAAAUUAUGAAUAAUAUGGAGGACUUUUACAGUGGCUUUGAACGGGCAAGUCUGCGCGCGAGGAAGCGUCGGUCACUUCUAAGCCAGAAUCUCUAA